GGUUGUUAUAGUGAUAAACUGAGGCCUUGCCUCUGGCUUCCCUGGGAAAGAAAGGGCAGGGGGGUGCGGGGAACACCUCUACUGCCCCAGGGAAGACAUAAAAGCAGGAAAGAAGAAUGAGGAUGGGUAGGGGAGGUAGAAAUACAUGACAAAGAAAACAUUCGGGCCGGCGAGGAGACUCCCAGAGUGUAGAGCCGGAGGGAGCGCUUGCUGGCCAUGCCAGUACUCACCACUGCUGCUGAGUCAGAAACAGGUAUCCCAAAAUCCCUUUCCAAUGAGCCUCCCUCAGAAACCAUGGAGGAAAUAGAGCACACAUGCCCACAGCCUCGACUGACCCUGACUGCACCUGCCCCGUUUGCAGAUGAAACCAGCUGCCAAUGCCAAGCACCUCACGAGAAAUUGACCAUUGCUCAGGCCCGCUUAGGGACUCCAGUUGACAGGCCUGUCAGGGUGUACGCAGAUGGAAUAUUUGACCUGUUCCACUCAGGCCAUGCAAGGGCACUUAUGCAAGCAAAAACACUGUUCCCUAACAGCUACUUGUUAGUUGGAGUUUGCAGUGAUGACCUCACUCACAAAUUCAAAGGUUUCACUGUGAUGAAUGAAUCGGAAAGAUACGAAGCUCUGAGACACUGUCGCUAUGUGGAUGAAGUCAUCAGAGAUGCUCCAUGGACACUCACACCUGAGUUCUUGGAAAAACACAAGAUUGACUUUGUGGCCCAUGAUGACAUUCCAUAUUCUUCAGCUGGCUCUGAUGAUGUUUACAAGCAUAUAAAGGAAGCAGGAAUGUUUGUUCCAACGCAGAGAACAGAAGGCAUCUCAACCUCCGACAUCAUCACCAGAAUUGUCCGCGACUAUGAUGUUUAUGCUCGCCGCAAUCUCCAGAGAGGGUACACAGCCAAGGAGCUGAAUGUCAGUUUUAUAAAUGAGAAGAAGUAUCGUUUCCAGAACCAGGUAGACAAGAUGAAGGAAAAGGUCAAAAAUGUGGAGGAAAGAUCAAAGGAGUUUGUUAACAGAGUGGAAGAAAAGAGCCAUGAUCUUAUUCAAAAAUGGGAAGAAAAGUCAAGGGAAUUCAUUGGCAACUUCCUGGAACUGUUUGGACCUGAUGGAGCAUGGAAGCAGAUGUUCCAGGAGAGGAGCAGCCGGAUGCUGCAGGCCUUAUCCCCGAAGCAGAGCCCCAUCAACAGCCCCACCAGGAGCCGUUCCCCGAGCCGCUCUCCAUCACCCACCUUCCCGUGGCUCCCCAACAAGGCCUCACCCCCCUCCUCACCCAAAGCAGCCUCGGCCUCCAUCAGCAGCCUGAGUGAGGGGGACGAGGACGAGAAGUAACUGCUGACCGACGACCAGAGCCACACUACACAGGGUGGGGGAGGAUGGGGGGUUAGGUGGGGUGCCUGAUUGAUGAUGGGAAGGUCACAGUCACUGAUACUGCAGUGCGGCAGUGGGACCCUGACCUGUGGUAAAGCACAGUCCCAGGACCCCUUCUUCCUGGGUCUCC